AUAACAGUCAUGCGUGUUUUCAGCUCAACAUCAGAGGAGUGUAAGUGCUCAGGCAGGAUGGAGGUGAUAAGACGCACAUCUUGAAGGUCUUUGGUGUCACUGGAGAAAUGCGCUCUGGAGAACCGAGAACUUUCAUCCUUUGAGAGGCCCAAAGAUCUUUAGAUGUGAAGUUCACAAGAUGAAAUAAGCAAAAGAAGUUCCCUCUGGAGAAGCAACUCAUUUGCUGCCAUCAUGUUUUCGUCGUUCUUCUCGAACCAUAGAACUGCUGUAUCAUCCAAUGAAACUCCCCUGUGCUUUUCGAUCAACAGCCCCCCUUUUGAAUACAACCACACCAUUGCCUCUGCCUACUUCUCAGCAGUGUUUAGCGGACUUGGACUGAGCUCGAACCUCUUCGCCUUGGUGGUGCUAGCCAAGACGUUCCAUCACACCAAGAGCCGGUCCCGUUCCUCCUUCCUGCUGUUUCUCGGUGGCCUGGUGUUUACCGACUUCAUGGGACUCGUGAUCACUGGUUCCAUUGUGGUGUCCUUCCAUAUUACACACUUCAACUGGCGCGAGCUGGACCCCCAUUGCCACUUUUGCAACUUCAUGGGCAUGUCCAUGGUCUUCUAUGGCCUUUGCCCGCUGUUGUUGGGGGCCGCCAUGGCCAUGGAACGCUUUGUGGGGAUCAACCGACCCUUUGCUCGUUCUACCAACAUGUCCAAGAGCAGAGCCUUGUCAAUCGUCGCCAUGUUGUGGGUUACGGCAGGUUGUAUCAGCUUGUUGCCUUUGGUGGGGCUUGGAAGCUAUCACCUGCAGAUGCCUGGAUCAUGGUGUUUCCUGAACAUCAGCUCCAAACCUCUGGACAUGACCUUCAGUUUGAUCUUCUCACUGGUUGGUCUGCUGUCGCUGGUCAUGUCCUUCUUGCUCAACACGGUGAGCGUGAUUACACUUCUAAGGGUGUGUUGCGGGCAAGACGCCAGUCAACGGAGACGAGACUAUGAAGUGGAGAUGAUGGUACAGUUGAUCCUGAUCAUGGUCAUUGCAUCUAUCUGCUGGUGCCCUCUACUGGUGUUUAUUGCACAGACCGUGUUGUCGGGCAGCAGGCUCGAAGUUCGUUACCUGCUUCUCUGGCUUCGUUUUGCGUCGGGGAACCAGGUCUUGGAUCCCUGGGUCUACAUCCUGUUCCGACGUUCCAUACUGAAACAGAUUUACCCCAGAAUGGACUGGUCCCGUGGCUCAAUCGUCAGCAUGUACUCAUCAUUCUCCACCUCAGUUCGGAAGCUCACUCGUGCCUCUUUCGCAGGAACCCUUGGCGAUUUGGAUCAUGUCCGACAAAAUCCAGACGGAUCUAAACAGGAGGAUACUCCCUUAUCAGUACAAAUCACCUCUGGCUCUUCUCAAUCCUUUAGCAAUUUAAAGAGUUGAAACUUGUGUAGAUUGUACUACUGUAAUUAUUAAAUCUACUUUGUCAUGAAUUUGCAAAGACUGAAUUGCGCUGUUAGUGUUGUUUCUUUGCAUGCACUGUCUGCGUUGUUUUAGCACCCGACUCUAUAAAGCAAUUAUGCAAAUCAAGAUAACGACACCCAAAAACAUUCUGCAGAAUGCAAUUUGUGCAUCAUGAUUCUGAGUGCUAGGUUGUGGACGAUGCAGCAGAUUAUCGCGACUUCACGAUAUCGCUGGAUUGGGUCUUUAAAAUGCUGAAAAUUCGCUCAGCUACACUAGAUGGACGCCUGGUUAGAAUGCUCUUCAAAAUCGUUUGAUCAUCAUUAGAUGAAUAACUGUAGCAAUGAUCUCUAGAAAAUGAACAUAAACAUCUCUUUUAAACGAAAUUUCAUUUACCGCCUGCUUUCUGCGGGUGAAUAGCGCUGACUUGUGUGAAUAAUGCGUGUUUUAUAAUAAUUAAUUUACAUGGAAAGGACGCGUGUUUGCACUGCAAAGGAUGACAAUGGAAAUUGUUUAUGAAACAAGAGCAGAGCGAUUUUUGGUGUUGUUGUGAAAACCAUUCAAAAAUGCUAGGUUCUUACUUGGACUGUUGAUUUAAUGCAUUACUUUAGUUUGAUUAAUUAUAUUAAAAAAUGAUGUGUUAAGAAACGUGUUGCAAUUAAUUAUGCCUCCUUACCCGAAUGUUAAUUCCAUAAUUAAAGUACUUUUUUCCACCAUUGGAGCAAUUCAAGCUUGGAAGUACUUUGUGUGUUCGCGAGCCACGUCGGCAGGGGGCAGUCAGCGCGCCUCAACAAACCUCACAAGCAGCGCAGCCACCGAAUCCAAGUAGGUAUAGCUGCAAGCCGGAGAUCUCCACAAUGGGGCAGGGUUACUCCAGAAGGGGGUUGCACCAACUCCAAAAGGUAGUCUCACCGAAUCAGAGACUGUCUUGACAACUGGAUGGAGCACAGAAUAAGAUGCGAUUUUAAAACUAUCAAAUUAUUUUUCACUUGCCACGCAUCCUAAAACACAUCAUUUACGACUCUGAAAACCAAUGAGAAGCUCCAAAAGUGUCCGUCUGAUGCUUAUGUACAGUACAUAGACCGUCAAUUAAAAAUAGCACAUUCGUUCUAGUCAUAUUUUUAUGAAUCAGGCCCAUUGACUUAAUUUAGAUACAUGUUAUUCCAUCACAGAUAAACUGGUUAAACUGGAUUGCGAUGGUUUGUGAAUAAGAUGCAAGUUUUUGCGCUGAAAUACCGUGCUCAAAAGUGGCGCAACUGUAAAUUCGCCUCUAAGAAUGUGAAUUGUUUUCGGUUUCCACUGGUCUAAUGCCCGAGUAAACCCGUCCAUCAGGAAUGAAAUCAGAUGUUUGUGAUCUGCUGUGGAUCACACUCACUGUUCUCCACUCGUUCCUCUGAGCAAUGAGCUCAGCUUGUGGCGGAUCGAGAUGCAUCGUUUUCGGAGAGUCACUGAAGGCCGGUCUGGCCAAAAGACUUUUCAAGAAGGCCAUGUUUGAGCUGUCUUAAUGUGGCAAACUUGUAGUAAUUCAAAGCAUACACAUGGAGAGGGAUUAAACUGAGGCAAACUUACAGAUGUUGUUGUGGAAGCUCACAGACGGGUCUCAUUUCAGGAAUACUGCCCAGUACUGGCUUGCUUCCCAGACAUAUACACUCCCUUUGCUUGUCGUUAAAACUAUGAGGACCACACACUUUGUCAAAAUGGCAUUAAAACAAUUGUCUGCUUUUGAAUGCAACUAUGAAAGGAAUUCUGGUUUAUUUCUAGUCUAAAUGUGAAAAGAAGACUCUUGCUCGAUUUCAUCAUGGAAAGUUCUUGUCUUUUAGAGAAAAAAAUAGGUCGUUAAAAUUGUAUUACUAAUAUUUAACGUUAGCAUGGAACCCUAGCUCUGUUGCAAAACCUAAUGAGCUUGCUGUCUACUGCCUAUACCUUGCUGAAAAACAACUUAAACCAGCCUAAUCUGGUCUUACUUGGUUUAAGUUGUCUCUCAGCCCAGCCAAGCUGGUCUUUAGCUGUUAACCCAACCUGACCAGCUGAAAAGUACCCAAAACACCUUUAAAACCUUCAAACAAAUGAGCCAGACCAGGCUGGGAGAAAAGCUAAGACCACCAAACCAGCUUAGGCUGGUUUAAGCUGUUUUUUAGCAGUGUACAUGGGCAGCUGCCUUCUAAGUAACCGAUUUGAAGCACUUUUGGAGUAGCCUUUGCAUCGGGUGCACUUAUGAUGCCUUAAAAUGCUUACUACUUAGCCAGCUCCUAAAUAUUUUGAGAAAAUGUCUGGUAUUUUUUGGUAUGAUCUCAUAUUUAUGUUGAAUGUAAACAGUUGUGCAUUAUUAUUCUUGAUGUGCUAACCCAUACAGUAUGUUGCAUCAUAAUGGUCAUACUCAUGAUUCGUCCCACUUCUAUUUGGAUUGCGUUGGUCUGUCAGUCUGAAAAGCAUUUGCGUUGUUGUGACAGAUGACUUCUGGGAAGCAAUGUUGCUAGCAGAGCUAGUAGGUGGGAAAGGAAGAACCAGGAAAACAAACAAACAUGGAAUGUCUAGAUUCAUAUCUGCAUCCUCUUUCUAACUAAUUAUUGGCCCCAGGGGGCCCCUGUUUCACAGCCACUUAAGGAGCAUUCACACAGACUGAGAUUUAGCAGGGUGUGGACACGAAGCUGUAUAUCACAUUUUGUAAGAAUCGGUCACACGGUGGCGCUAUAAUAAGCUAAUUCGCAUUUUUGCUAAUAACGCCGCAACCGCAUAGGCUAGAAUAUAUUUUUUUAGUUUCUCAAAAUCAUUCAG